CAUCUUGCACAGAGCGAACGCGCAAUACGAUAAAUAAGGAGGUGCUCGUUACUGCAUGCGUCAUCUCCUGAGCGGUGUGCGUAUGCAUCAUUUGCUGCAGCUUGCACAGCCUCACACCCAGCCUUGCUCACUUUUUAUACAUUCCUCAACCUACCUCCAACUUCUCCAUCAACCAUCUGGCCCUUCCAGGGAUUGAUGUAUCCACGGUGGUGGCGAUGGAUUCAUUGUUCAGCGAUGUCAUGAACGAUUGGUCUGGGACUGGCAGAGGGUGCCAUGUCGAUUUCAGUGUGGACGAGGCUUUAGCAUUACAGAUUGGAGACCUCCUCGGCCACGGCGCUGACGCAAUUGUUCACGAAACGACCGUGCAAGGACUCAAAGUAGCUUUGAAAAGAUCGUCACGCCAUAAAAGAGCAAAGGAGAGUAUUAGGCUCGAGGUCGAAGUCCUGAAGAAGUUGAGCCAUCGCCAUCUGGUCCGACUCAUUGGCUCGUAUACCCAUAAGAGAUCCAUCGGGCUGUUGUUAUACCCAGUAGCAGUUUGCGAUCUCGGCACCUUCUUCGAGGAUGCUGAGACAUACUUGCAAGAUGACGCGACCGAUGAUCAAGAACUGCGGCUUCGGCAGCUCGGAUAUCCGUCAUCGAAGUUAUACCUAAAGCACAAAGCGUGGCCUAUUUACUCACAAAUUGGAUGCCUCAUUUCCGCUGUCGCCUACCUACACAGUCAAUGCAUCCGCCAUAAGGACAUCAAACCCUCCAACAUCCUUCUGUCACAAGGAAAUCUCUGGCUCAGCGACUUUGGCCUAGCUCGUGACUUUUCGAACCUCGUUGAAAGUGGAACAGAUGGUGGUGCAGGGACAGCACGUUACAAAGCACCAGAAGUGGCAAACCUAGAGCGUAGCGGCCGGGCGUCGGAUAUGUUCUCGCUCGGAUGCGUGCUCCUUGAAGCUAUGGUCUUUGAUCAAGAUGGGUCCUUAACACGCCUACGGCCCGAGUCUCCUACUACAAGGUUCGUGUAUCACGAGAGCCUUGAAAAACUCAACGAUUGGCUACCAUGGCCCGAAGAUCUUGAUCCCGUUAAGCACCACCUUUGUCUCGCAAUUCGGGGCUUGCUCUCAAUAUUUCCGAAGCAGCGACCCAGUGCAGACGAACUCGUUUCACAAAUCAGCCUUUGUGACAACAUGACGGAGGACACCUGUGAUCGGAUAUUCUCCAAUUGUUGUCGCAUAUUGUACUUUAAUGAACGACACUUUGAAAGCAGAAUUAAAGCACUGCAAGUUCAGAUUCUCGAUUUGCGACAAGAGAAGCAGAUCGGACAGCAGACACAAAAAGAACAUGUGAUCUUCACGUCGUCACCAACCACCAAGAAUACAGAAUUGCCAUACGUUAAGUACCUCAAAAAGCUCGACGAUAAACCCAUCCCAUGGUUUACACUGUUAUUUUUGGCCUACUCUAUAGGCCAUUUAUCAUCACGUGAGCAAGUUCUAUCAGUAAUCGUAAUUGUUAAUUUAGUUCAAUCCUACAUGGCGCUCUUUGUAAUAGAGAUGUUGCUGCAACCAAACUUGAAAGUACGAGAGCGGCCUGUAGAAUUUGCUACGUGCUUCGCGAUGAUGCUACCGCUACCAAUUCUACAGAACUACAUAGAUGCCUCAUAGCGCGUCUUGCGCGCAUCUUUUGGGCAUGGACAUGGGAGGGGGGCGGGGGGAGACAUUCAGCCAGGAACACGUUAUUGGUUGCUUGGAAGACGAUCGCAAUGCCGGGUAACGGGUUGUUUUGUGGCUCCAGGCGCGACGCGAUACGGAUGUUACGGGUGAUAGGUUGCGCGUCGUUACACAGGGAAGAGCAUCCUGAACAUUGAAAGAUGGCUGAAGCUUUGUGGCUGGGCGUGGCUGACGCGUGCCGAAUUGGUGGGGUGUGACGUAACCCUGAGCGAAACAUUUUCCCAACCACGAGAUGCAAGACAAUGCGCAUGUUUUUGGGUAUCGUAAUUCAAAUCGUAUUAGCUAUAGUAUUAUUACAAUCGCUAAAGAUCAAGAUAAACGCCGCAUGUCGUCGUAGACGUGUCCUGGUA